AUGUCCGAUGAAGACUUCAAAUGGUCGCACGAUGAAGCUAGGACUAUCGGGCCUGCGCUUAGGGACCAUUCUGGCGUGCUGACACUGGAACUUGGGAAUGAGAUCACGAAAAUAAAUGCAUGGAAGCUAGAGAGCAUGGGUUUGACUCGUCUAGGACAGGAACUCUAUAUACCCACCUACCUAAGCUUCGACAAAGAGAAAGGAAUCCUUUUUGGGACGGAUGCCAAGGCGGCCCAGACGCAAAAUCCGGAUCAUACGGUGCAUGGUUUUAUAAAUUUGAUCGGCCUGGAACGAACCGACGUGCAGGCCAUUGUCACAAUGCAAAAUAGUGUCGACGACGAAGACGUGACGAAGAGGCAGCCCGGCAAAAAGGAAUUGCGACACUUUUGUUCGCUGGUACCUCUCGAAGCUUCGCUCGCUGGGACUACCAAGCAAAAGAUGGAAAGGCGCACGAAGGGAGACACCGCCGGUGUAGCGGCUGGAAAGCCCACACCUGAAGCUGAAAACCAGGACCCGGGAUUCCCCGUUCGUAUCGGAAAGUAUGACGGAGAAAUCGAAGGAACCGCAGCCAACCUCGGUCAGGAAAGAGGCCGACUCGUUCAUCAAAUAGCUGAUCUCGAGAGGCAUGGAGCGAAAAUUUUUGAUCAAGACCGCGAGCUCGAUCAACAUGCGCGAAUAGCAUCAAUGCGGGCGUUUGAUCCUUUAUUAAUUGAUUGUGGGCCCGGAGGAGACGAUAUGGAGGCCAAAACACUGGUCAAGAUCUUUGUCGAGGAGAUUGUGAAUUCGCUGCUGGAUUCAUUCGAAGAUGCCGGUUCGAUUACAUCGGAUUUUCUGGGUCCUCCGGCAAUGAAGGCUAUCGUCAUUUCUCCAGCUCAUUUUACAGACUAUCAAAAGGAGCUGCUUCAAGAAGCCGUUUACGAAGGCGGGCUAGCCAUAUAUCCCAUGUCGCGAAAGCCGCUGUUAUGCGAACCCGAACUCCGCGGUCUGAUAGGUUCCUUUGCUGACCGACCCACAGCCGAGACACUGCUUAUUGACGUUGGCAUGCAAAACUUUCAAUUGUCCCAUCUGGAUGAAAUGGGUUAUUACAAGGCACGGUGCGGUCAAGCGGGGCUUGGUGUCGAGCGUAUGUUAAUUGCAUUAGAAAACGCGAUGUUGGUUGCUGAAUGGCCGCGGAUUCAGGGCCACGCCCAACGGAGUUCAAAGGACAGAAUGGCCGACCGUACGGAGGCAGCUCGCGUCUUUAAAGCGUUGACUGUACCGCCUUUGGCAAGGAAGGAUGGAAAAGCAAAUUUCAACAUUAAAUGGGAGAGCUGCACCAAACAGUGUCCCGUUACUCUCGACGUUUUAAAGGACGCUUGCGAGAUGGUUCUCAUGAUGAUGAAGGACUUCAUACACAAGUUUCUUCGCGACAACGGAAUCGAUCCCGCGAAGAAGCCGUUUAAUAUUGAACUUAUUGGCGGAUACUCCGACUCAACAAUUCUGCACGACAUGUGUCCCAACGCCGACUGGAUCCGAUCACGAUGCGAAAUCCGGGACGAGUCCUUUGCAAAUGAUCACAUGAUCUUCCAUCCAGCAUUAACACCUGAUGCACUUGACUCUCGUGAUCACUCGGUCGCCACGUACGCAUUCCGGCCAUGCUUCUAUGCUUCUGCUACGCAU